AUCUCUGUCAAUUUUCCCCGGUGAAUUUUUUCGGAGGCCGGGCCGGGGCAAUAUCUUCCACAGUCUGAUUGGUUCACCUGAGCAGAAUGGCUCCUUUGCAAUUGGUCUAAACGCGGAGUAGGCGGGACAAAGGGCUCUUCGUUUCCGAUCCAAGAUGGCUACGUCCAUGGCACGGCGCUUGUGGCCUUUGCUGGCUCGUCGAGGGCUUCGUUCCCGGGGAGACUACGUCUACGACCAGAGCCCAAGGAGAAAUUUUGCUACAGAGGAACGAAGCCGGAACCUCCUGUACGAGCACGCACGCGAAGGCUACAGUGCACUCCCUCACCUGGACGUGGAGCUGCUGUGCGCAUGCCCAGAAGAGGUCGCGCGCGCCCUGGAGCUCCGCAAGGGGGAGCUGCGGCCGGCGGACCUGCCUGGGAUCAUCUCCAUGUGGCAGGAGCUGAGGCAGCUGCGGGAGCAGAUCCGGAGCCUGGAGGCUGAGAAGAGUACUGUGGCGGAGGCAGUGCGUGCGCUGGUGGUGAACCAGGACCACGGUCAAGUGCAGCAGGACCCUCAGUAUCAGACCCUACGGGCGCACGGCCGGGAAAUCCGGAAGCAGCUCAUGCUCCUGUACCCCAGGGAGAACCAGCUGGAGGAGCAGUUCUACCUACAGGCGCUGAGGCUGCCCAACCAGACCCACCCGGACGUGCCCGCCGGGGACGAGAGCCAGGCCCGUGUGCUCCAGGUGGUCGGAGACAAGCCAGCUUUCUCCUUCCACCCUCGGGGCCACCUGGAAAUCGGCGAGAACCUCGACAUCAUCCGGCAGAAGCGCCUGUCCCACGUGUCGGGCCACCGCUCCUAUUACCUGCGUGGCGCGGGGGCCCUCCUGCAGCACGCACUGGUCAACUUCACUCUCGGCAAGCUCGUCCGCCGGGGCUUCACCCCCAUGACUGUGCCAGACCUUCUCCGUGGAGCUGUGUUUGAAGGCUGUGGGAUGACGCCGAACGCCAGCCCAUCCCAAGUUUACAACAUCGACCCCUCCCGCUUUGAAGACCUCAACCUGGCUGGGACGGCAGAGGUGGGGCUCGCAGGCUACUUCAUGGACCACAGUGUGGCCUUCAGGGACCUGCCAGUCAGGAUGGUCUGUUCGAGCACCUGCUACCGGGCAGAGACAGACACUGGGAAGGAGCCGUGGGGACUCUACCGGGUGCACCACUUCACCAAGGUGGAGAUGUUCGGGGUGACAGGCCCUGGGCUGGAGCAGAGCUCACAGCUGCUGGAGGAGUUCCUGGCCCUGCAGGUGGAGAUCUUGACGGAGCUGGGCCUGCACUUCCGGGUCCUGGACAUGCCCACCCAGGAGCUGGGCCUUCCCGCCUACCGCAAGUUUGACAUUGAGGCCUGGAUGCCCGGGCGAGGCCGCUUUGGAGAGGUCACCAGUGCUUCCAACUGCACGGACUUCCAGAGCCGCCGCCUGCACAUCAUGUUCCAGACCGAGGCUGGGGAGCUGCGCUUCGCCCACACGGUAAACGCCACAGCCUGCGCCGUCCCCCGAGUCCUCAUCGCCCUGCUGGAGAGCAAUCAGCAAAAGGAUGGCUCGGUCCUGGUGCCUCCUGCCCUUCAGCCGUACCUCGGCACCGAUCGGAUCACAGCCCCUGCUCACACGCCUCUCCAGUACAUCGGCCCCAACCAGCCCCAGAAGCCCAGGCUCCCCGACCAGCCAGCGUCAAGCUGAGGACCGCCUGCACCCAUCCAUGGGUUGUCACCGCCUCCUGGAGCUCAGAAGCCCCAGACCCUUGGCCCAUCUUCCUGGGCACAUCCUGACACCUGCGUUCUUCACACCAGUUCACACGUGGGCACCAGGACCCCACAGUCCACCCCCUGCUUCCCGCUCCCUGUGGUCAUGGGGGUCACCUGCAACAGGGUACCUGAGAUGCUGAAGGGGAACAGCUCCAUCUCUCCUUUCUCCCCGCCUGGCUGAGCAGAAAGUCCCAAUAAACAGAGUGGAGACCUUUGUGGGUCUGUGAGCAA